AUGUGGAGCAGAUUGACCGGUAGCUCUGCUGCCUCCAACAGCAACAAGGACGAGGAAAGUCGCCGCCGCCGUACUAGCGACUCCACGCGUUCCAAGCGCGACCCAGACGCCCGCUCCGUCGUGUCAUCGUCGACGACGCGCAAGCCAUCGACAUCGGCCUCAUCUAAACGUGACACUGCGCCUUCCGCGUCCUCGAUUGCCUCCUUCACGACUGCCUUCGACGAGAUGCCGCGCUCACGGGCCACAACAAACAACACGAGCGGUCCCUACGACGACGACAACAUGCGUCGCGACGAUCGCCGCAGCAGCUAUGCCGAGUCGUCCAGCUCGACACUGCGCGACGACAAGGACCGCAAGACGGGCAAGGCCAAGGACAAGAAGCUCGAGAAGCGCCGCUCGACGCGCUCAGUGCGGUCCGGCAGCACGUCGCAAACUGGCGCCGGCUACAGGGGCGAGAUUGUUGACAGUCCCAAGUCGGUCCAGCGCAGCUUCAGCGGCCAGAUUGGCAGCGACGGCUUCUCGCAGUUCCCAGGACAGGCAGGAGCGCCCAUGAUGUCGGGCGCUCUGCCAGUAGGAAGCCACCCACCACACCACGACGACAUGGACGAUCACGUGCAGAGCCAGUUCCCCGGCCAGGACCCUCUGCGAUACACCUCGAGCGCGCUCCCUGGCGGCCAUCCAUUCGGAGCGGCUGCCGACUUCUACAACGACCAGGGCCAGUCAGUGCACCAACAGCCUGGCGUGAGGCCCCAGCCGCCCUCUGUCAUCAUAGGACAGGAUACCCCCCAUCUCAUGUCUGCCUCCGCGCAGCCCAACCCGGUUGCCGACACCGGAUCGGGCGCCGCUGCAGACUUCUACGGGCCCAGCACAAAUGGCUCUUCAUCCAGGCCUCCACGACCAUCGAGCUCGUCCAUGCCCGGUGCCUUCGUCGACGACACCCCGACGCCCCAGAAACCACCGCGACCCGCAUCUUCGUCGAGACCCAACAAGUCGAGCACCUUCGGCCCAGCUGCUACUGCGGCCGGCGGAGCUGCCCUGGGAUAUGCCAUGGGCCACAGCUCCUCUAAUCACGAACACACCACGAGCUACAGCUCAUCGAAUGUUCGCCCUUCUACAUCAUACUCUUCUUAUACUAAUAAUACCCCCCCGGCUGCUCCGGCUUCCACGUACAACAUGUACGGCCCGGGAUCUAAUGCUUCUAAUACCGCUGCCAACGACGGCAGCUACCUCCCACCCUAUGCUGCAGCCGCCGCCUACGGCGUGGAAGGCGCGCCUCCUCCAAAGCCACCUCGGCCAGCCAAGCCAGAAAAGCACUCGUCUGGCAGCAUGGCUGGACUGUACGCUGCUGGCGCCGCAGGACUGGCGGCUUAUGGCUUAAACCAACAUAAUUCACAUUCACACACCCACUCCAACACCCACACACACUCGCACAGCACACACCAUCACCCUUCGACACACGGCCCCAACGGACACCAUCAAAAUGGCCUUACACCCAGUCCAUACAUCUCAGGCGGCAUGGCUCACCAGCAUCAGCACACUGGGCCUGUCUCCAAGUUUGUCGACUGGUGGAAAGACUACGAAGAUGUGCAGAAGAUGGAAGAGUACACCGAGUACAUUGGAGUUUGCAAGGGUUGCUUUGACCCUCGCUCUUCCGUCCUGGACGCCCCACGGAAGCACCACUACUACAAACGGCGAUCCAAUGAGUUUAUGCGACCCACUGGUGGCAUUGAGAAGCAAUCUCGAUACUCGCUCAAGGAGAAGAAGUCUUGGGGCUCAAUCUCCUCGGGUGAGGAGCGUCGCAAGAACAAGAGCAGCGCCGCGGGCUGGGUAGCUGCAGGCCUGGGCGGCAUUGGCCUUGCCAAGGCUGGAAAGGCUGUCUUCAGCGCGGGUCGCGACGACUUCGACGACACAUACAGCAUCAAGUCCGGUCGGUCGAGGGUCUCACGACACAGCCGCAGCAGAUCAGGGGAUCGCAAGAGUUACAGCUACGGUAGCUCUGGCAUCCGCCACCGGAGCCAUUCUGCUGACCGCAUUUCCGUCAUGUCCGUAGGCGUUACGAGCGACAAAAAGGACCGUAAGGAUCACAAGGUUGUUCGCCGCCAGUCUCGGUCGCGCCGUUCUCGCUCAAGCUCAACUUCAAGCUCCAACUCAGGACGCGGCAAGACAGGCCUGAUCGGCACUGCCAUUGGUGCAGGUCUUGCAGGAGUCGCCCUUGGAGCAGCCACAAAGAAGAAGCAGCACAGCCGAUCCAGGUCCCCGAAGAGGGUCCAAGUGGUUCAUCACCGCAGAGACAGCAGUGACGAUGAGCGUCGCAGGAGAAGAUCGCAUUCACUACGACACAAAGCAUCUCGAAGCUCAACAUCCGGAGCCUCUGUCAUCGAGAUAGGCCAGAAUCACGAGUCCCAGGGUGGCUUCCUUGGAGGCUUCUUCUCUGCACCUCCACCAAAGGAGAAGCGAGUGAAGACAGCCAAUAGCCUGAAGAAGAAGAAGAAGGGUUUCUUCAGCUUCAGCAACGCUUCAACAUCCUCAUCCGACUCCGAGAUGGCAUUCGGCACCGGCUACGUAAGGAGGACGCGCAGACGAUCGUCGCCGAAGAGACGAAACUCGGAUGAGCGACUGAAAGCUUCCCUACUUGGUCUUGGCGCUACGGCUGCUGCUAUCACAGCCGCGAAGGCCGGCAAGGGCAAACGCCACAACGAGGUCGUUGCUGUGAAGGAGAACCGUCUUGGUCGCAAGACCAGUCAAACUUCUUCGCGGCCCGCGUCCCGUUAUGGAGACGACGAGUGGGAGGACUUGCCAGACGAUGGUACUUCCGACUCUUCGAGUGAUGGCGGUCUUGUAUACGGCGAUUACUCCCUGAAGAAGACCAAGAGCAACGAGUCUAUCGGAUCUAACCACUCAGGUACGAACAAAUGGGGCUGGCGAUGGGGCUUUGGCAAGAAGAGAAGAUCUUCCAACAACCUCUACGACAACAUCGCUAGUACAUCGCUCAUUGGGCCUGCCGCAGCUGGCGCAGCAGGUGCCUUGACCGGCGCCGCUGUUGGAGCUGCUCAUGGACACCACGACAGCGAGUCUAGUAGCGCCCAAACAUUGCAGUCGGUCUAUCCUGUCGCACCCCAUGACCCCAAUGCGUCGUUCGAUGCACGCCGUACAAGCUCUAUCGUCACCAAUCAGCCUAUUGUCACCUCAGGACCUGGUCCCAUCCCCAUUCAACACCCUCAGCCAGUGCAGCAAGUCCCCGGCGCCAUCUACUCAACACAAGCACCAUCACAAUCUGCGUACACCACAGCAGGUCCUUCAGACUUCCCACCAGCACCUUACCCACCCCCUUAUCCCACGCAGUCUCAAGUUCAAAACAUUAUCAUUCAAAAUCCUCAGCAUCCUCAAUUCCGUCGGGCAAACUCUUCUCCCAUCCAAAGCUCGUGGAAGCGAGAUGCGUCUAUUGCUGGACUUGCAGCGACUGCCGGAUUUGCAGCAGUUUCUGCGAUGAAACACCCCGACCGACCUCCGAGCCGACCGCCGUCCGCGUCUAGCAAUGUUCGCUUCAACCUGACACAAGAGCAGGCAGAGAAGGACCUCCGUGAGCGGCGGAAGGAGCAGGAGCGACUAGACGAGGAGGCCGAGCGUCGCCGAGAACAACAGAGACGCGAGGACGAGGCGCGUCGGGAAGAGGAAGACCGAGUGCGUCGAGAACAGCUGCGACAAGAGGAAGAGGCCCGGCGAGCGGCACUUGCGCUCCGUGAGGAAGAGGAUCGCCUGCGCAGAGAACGGCAGCUACAAGAGGAUGAGGCUCGACGGAUUGAAGAAGACCGCCGGCAGACAUUGCUCCGCUUGGAGGAAACGACACGCCAAGAAGAAGCGCGACGCCGAGAUGAAGACGAGCGACGUCGCCUGGAGCUGCAACGGCAGCAGGAGGAGGCACGCAAGUUCAUGGACAUCGAACGCUUGGCGAGGCUCGAGAACGAACGCCGUCGCGAACAGCAAGAGGUCCAGGCACGCCUCGCUCGGGAAGCCGAAGACCGCGAACGUCAUCAACGGAUGUCCGAAAUGGAGCGCCAGCGUCAGCUCGCCAUCGAGGCUGCGGAGGCUGAGCGCAAACGGAGAGAGCGCCGUGAAUCUCAACAACAAGAAGCUGAGCGCAUCGAUGCCGCGAGACGUGAAGCUGAGAUUCAAGAGGACAUGGAGCGCCGACGCAGGGAACGCGAAGCUCAGGACUACACCGACCGAUACGAGAGCGACCGGGCUCGGAAGCUUGAACAGCAGCCAACAGGAGAUUCAAUGGCUUCGACUGCCACCGUUGUACAACGCAAGGAGCAGGAGCUACAAGACCGCGAACGCGAGGCUUUCAAGUCUGACAAGAAGUCUUCCGUUGCUGGCGCAGUAGCUGCUGGUGCUGCAGCAGCAAUCGCAACUGCCGCGAUCAAGGACUACAAGGACAACAAGGACAAGGAGAAGGAGAGGGAGCGCGAGAAGAAGCGCGAUAGCAAGUCUUCGUCUUCAACGAAGAGCAGCAAGAGCGAAUCCUCCUCGUGGAAGCGCAGCAAGAACGACUCUUCUUCGUCCAAGAGCAGCAAGAGUGAAGCUUCAUCCUCGAAGAGCAGCAAGAAGCGGGAGCCAACCAGCGUCAAGACUAUCGAACCCAGCAAAGUCAAGCAGGACAUUUUUGACGAGGACAUCUUCAACCCCGAUAUGUUUAAGCAGAAGGACAAUUCACGCCAGGAGGCUCGCGAAGUCCUUCAAGAUUGGGAACAAAGGUACUAUGCAAAGCCAGUAUCUCAAGCUGAAUUCUUCGCACCGGAAGAGCUCUUGGCCAACGACAACCUGCCCAAGGUCCGCCCAGUAGACCCGAACGAGGGUGCUCCAGAUCUACCCAUCUACCAAUCCUGGGAAGACUAUCCUGUCAGCCAGCCCAAGCUCCCUCCUUAUCCUCCGUCGUACGCAUUCACUGCCACCAGAAAUGGUCGGUCCUCUCAACCACAACCGCUACCUCAAGUUCCAUCGCUGAACCUCAUCUUGCCUACUCCUCCCGGUAGUCGCACACCUUCUGUACGCAGUGCAUCUGCCCCUCCAUCACCAGCAAUGGAGCCUAUCAGGGAGACUAGAGAGACUAGACGCGAGCCAAGAGAUGACGAAUCGAACCGAGCAAGGUCUAGGGUAAGCUGGGGCGAGAACCAGUUCCACCACUUUGACGUACCUACUCCGGAAUCUUACCGCGAGCAAUUUGUCUCAGAUGGCGAUCUCAGGUCGCGUGAAGCCACGGUCGAGCGCGAGCCGCCUAAGCCCGAACAGACGACAUCCACCUACACACCCUACCGCCCCGAGAUGUCAAGAGUCCCCGAGAGCAAGGAGACUGCACCAAGCACGCAAUACGUUCGGGACGAGAAGGACUCCAGCUGGGACAGUGUCGUGGAUGCUGCUUCCAAGAAGAGCAACAAGAAGGAGAAGAAGUCAGCUGCAGCGGCGGCAGCAGCAGCACUAACGACUGCAGCGGUUCUUUCCCGAGAUCAACGAGAUCAAGAGGACGAGCGUAGCUACAGACGCGACAAUCCAACUGCAUCUGCCCUGAGCAACCCGACUGCAUCAAACCUCAGCAGUGCGACUUCCUACGAUUUCAGCGAUCCAACUGCGUCUACCGUCAGCACUGUUGUCAGCAAUGCUACUGCAGCUGGAUUCAGCAAUCCUACCGCGUCUUCCCUCAGCAACCCGUUCUCUGAUGGAAACAGGGCCCCGUCAACUAUCGCUCCAUCGAUCAUCUCUGCUGCGCCAUCUUCCACAGUCACUCCUUCCAUCAUCUCAGCUGUGCCAUCUACGAGCAGCGUUCAGACGGCAUACUGGCAGCCUGAGUCAGAGCGCGACGCGUGGAGGACGCCCCAACAGAGUACAGUGGGACCUGGCUUUGUUGAAGGCGAGAUUCCUACACCGCCAGUGUCGAUGCACAUGCCCGGCGGCUGGGACGACAUACCUGAGUCUGAGGUGUUCGCAGAAGAGCCGCCGGCAUCGUCCGCGACGAAGGACACAAAGGGUAAGAACAAGGCUAACGAUACUGACGAAGUUGUAGCUAUGCAGAAUGUUUCUCGACGUGGAGAGCCAACACCUGCAGUGAAAGAGAGGGAAGCCGAGCCAGAGGCCAAGCUCAGCAAGAAGGAGAAGAAGGACAAGAAGAAGAAGUCCAAGUCAUCGAAGCGAGCCAGUGUGGACACUUGGGAGAUGAGUGAUCCCAGUCCGCCAUCAAGCCCGGUCAUGGACCGCGAUCCCAGGGACAUUGAGCCCUCCCGAGAUCCCAGGGAUAUUGAGCCCUCUCGGUCUGCUGAAACCUCACGAUUCGCCGACUCUUCUCGCUCAACUGAGCCAUCUCGAUCUGCCGAACCACCACGUCUAGGAGAAGCAUUCCAAGAGUCCCCUAGUCCUCCUAAGAAGCCCGCACGACAAGGUGAGAGCAGCGGCAGUAAAGCCUCCACCGCUGCCAUGGCCGGUGGUUUCGCUGCUCUAAUGGGUAUGACCAUGAACCAGGAUCAAAACAGGAUGGCCUCGGAUGCCGAGCGUGCCAGGAAGGAUCUUGAGUCCACAGAGAAGCACCAUUCACGCGACUCUCCUGUAUCUCCACCGAAUGGCGCACGUGCACUCGAACGAAAUGAGAAGAAUGUAACAAUCCCAAGCUACGCAUUCGAGGGCGUUGAGGAGCUGGCCGAUAAGACACCCAGGCCGAAAGUCCAGAAAAGACACAGCAGCGGCAAAUGGUCACCCAGCAUCAGUUCUCCUCUCAGGACCGAGACGACGUAUGACGACUACAUAAACGCCCGCACCAUUCCCGAUCCUUCCAGAUACCAAACGAUGGUCGAGGCCCCAAAGGUUCCCACCGCAGCGCCGUUCACGAUGGCUCAUGAUCCGGUCACCGCCCAUAACGUAACCGACUCUGGGUACUAUGCUCCCGACGAUGUGCCGAGCCGGGCGGGCAACGAAAAAGAAUCGAAUGGAUUCUAUCCCGCAGACUUCAACGAGGAGGCGAAGGACAGGCACUCACGAAACGAUCGCGACCAGGAUGUCGAUGACAGAUACGAUGAUGACUUCGACGACAGACCACGCAGGUACGAUGAUGACGAUGUGGGCUCAAUCGCUUCUCUGAGCUACAAGUAUGACGACCCCGAUCGCGAGGAGAGACGCCGCAGACGUCGCGAAGCCAAGUCCGAGACACGUGAGAAGAGCCACGACCGCGGGUACGAUCUUGAAGAGGGUGGAGAACGGAGGCGAAGACAUCGCCAUCAUGAGGCUGAUGAGGGCGCUGACGACUGGGACACGAAAUCCGCCAUCUCCGAGACUGGCGAGCGACGACGCAAGCACAGGAGAAGGGAUGGCGACAGAGACGCAUCACCCGAGACCAAGACUAGAUCACGCUCCACAGCAGCUUCCGAACUCGGCGACUACGAUGAUGAUCGCAAGUCCUCCCGGAGACGAUCCAAACGAGAUGAUGACAUGGUAUCCGUCGUAUCCUCAAUCCCAGAUCUAGACGAGGAUCGCAGCUCAAGGAGGGAGAAGGAGAAACGUCCAAGUGGCUUCCUGGGCCUUUUCGGCAGCAAGUCGAGGGAGAACUUGAAAGAAGCUUCAAGCAAGUCCUCGAAAUCUAAGGACGACGACGAUGAAGAACGCAAACAUCGUAGACGGAAGCAUCGGUCGGAUCGCGGUUCUACCUACGGCGGCUCAGACGAUGAUGACAUGCGCUCCACGAUCUCGACCAGUAGUCGACGCGAAAAGAGGAGCAGCCGCAGUCGUAGCGAGAGAGGAGACGGAGACAGGACGGAUGCUUAUGAUGACAAGGAUCUCUUACCACCUCGAACCCCGCACUCGCAUGCCGAUGAACAACAACAACCACAACAGCAGUCUUUUUUAGGCGAUCGGGCAGUGACCACAGCCACUCCAAGUCCACUGCCCGUAAGUGAGCCUGUCGAUCAGGCCCACGAGGGUAGUGGCAUAAUCCUUGGAGAUCGGGCCGAGUUUCCUCUUUCGACCUCGGAUGAUGCCCAACGCUUCACCGCCUCUGGAGACAACGACCUACCGCCCGAACUAUCGUUCGAAGACAGCCGCGCGCUUCUAACUCGUCUUACAGGCCUUCAGCCUUGGCAGCUGGAAGCUUUCCCCGAUGAGCUACCUCCGCUGCCGCUGUCUAGGCCAGGUUCGCCAACACGUUCGCCAGACGUCACACGUCCUUCGACCGCGAUUUCUCAACGUCGACUAUCAUCAACGGCAGUUCCCAUACGCUUCCGCAAGCCCGUUAUACCCUCUACCGUUGACCCUAGCUUAGCAGCUGAUCCUCUUCCUGGCCCUUCACCAACCCGUUCUCGCCAUGGCAAGACGCACUCCACAGAGUUUAGGAACUCUCGAGAGUUCCGACCUUUGUAUCUGGUGGAGCGCAACCGCAAGUCCAAUGAGAUCGAUGAGGUGUUGCCAGCACUUCCACCCAGUAGUGCCUCUUCAGUAGUCUCUGGCGCCGAUUCAGAAGAAGAGUUUGAGUCUGCUCAAGAGUCACCUUAUGAGAGCGCUGGACAGUCAUCUUAUGACUCAUUUUUCGAUCCUUUGAGUGCCGUGGCUGAUCUCACUGCGCCCAGCCAUGGACCGGAGCUUCAGCAUCCCGAGCUUGCACAUCGCGAGAUUGAAGAGGUCGAAGAAUCUGGCCAAGCUACACCCAAGGCCUCUGACUACUUCACAGGUGCCCAGGAAGCGUCGGCACCGUCUAGCGGUCCAAACUAUGAAUCGCUCACCGCGGCACUGGAGCAUGCCAGAGCACAGGAACAGGAUUCGUCCACUGACGAUUUCAUGUCGACUUUGACCUCCCCACAGGCGGAGACUCCUCUUGAGACAAGCGCGCCGCUCGACGACAAGAUGAUGCGCGACGUUCCCAAGUCCCGCGACACUGCUUCUGCCCCCUCGAGCAGCUCAUCAAGACUCCAAGACGCUGCUCUUAGCGCAGUAGUGGGUGGAUUGACAGCAGCUGCUUUGCGAAAACGCUCUCCUUCACCAACUCGAUCUCAGCGCGAUGACACCAAAGAUAAAGCUUCGUCCGCUGCUGAGCCAGAGCAACCUGAGCCCGAAACCAUCGAAACUGUUGUCGAACCAUCGCCAAAGGGCAAGGGUAAGGCCAAGAAGACCAAGAAAAGUAAGAAGGGUAAGGAGCCCGUCGCUGCCGAGUCUCCCGUAGCCCCGUCGCCUGUUAUCCCAUCGUCCGUAGCUCAAUCACCUGAGGAGAUGAUGAAGCCAUCGCCCUCCUUCAGCUUCGCCACUACAUUCGUUGACAACGAGGAAGAUUGGGCCAAGAACAGGACUGAGUCCGUCGUUACGGACGAUGCUACGCUUGUUGGUGAGCCUGUCGGAACGCCCAAGGAUACCAAGGCCUUUCAACAGAAGGUUCUGGACACUACUGCACCAAAAGAGGACGAAUCCACCGAGGUUAGACGCGCUGUCUUUGAUCAUAUCCGUCAAGAAACUGCGAGAUCAAUCGAACCUGUCGAAGAGGCAAAGCAGGGUCUUGGGAUCACUACCGAACCGGCUGCUACGACUGUCGAAAUUUCACAAGACGCUCCUGUCGAACCCAGCUCUUCCAAAUCUGCUGAACCCUCAAUUCCUGAGCCGGUCAUCGAGGAGGAAGUUGCGACUACACCCAAGUCCAAGAAGGCGAAGAAGAACAAGAAGGGUAAACGCGGCAACAAGCAAACUGAGGCUGAGGCCGAGCCGGAAACCCUUCCAGAGGUCCCUACUCAAGAUGAUCAGAUCUUGCCUUCGUCCGAGUCGCAGCAAGACACCAUUGAACGCGAUAUCCUCGAGCCAUCUUUCGAACGCGAUGUGCGCAAGGACAAAGCCGAAGAGCCCAAGGAUAAGGUUAAUGUCAUGGAAUUCUUGGUUCAAGAAGAGGCACCAGUCACUUCGACCGAUGAAGCAGUCCAACAAGAGACAGAGCCUGCACCUAUUACUCCAGCAAUCCCCGAAGAACCACCAGCUACUUCGACCAACGAAGCAGUCCAACAAGAGACAGAGCCUGCAUCCAUUACUCCAGCAAACCCCGAAGAGCCCAGGUCGGAAGUUCCAGCUGGGCCUGCCACACCAGAGGUUCCAGCUCGGCCUAGCACAGCGGAUGGCGCCGAACAAACCAAGAACACUCCCGUCGAAGAGAACCGCCGGGCCUCUGGCAUCGAAGGUCAAUCGGCAGGUUCAGGCUGGGGUUCCGGCCUGUGGGGUGCUAUCGGAUGGGGCAAGAAGAAGGCCCCGCCGCCGCCAACAUCUGAGCCUCCGUCUUCUCCGAAGCCCCAAUCUGCCGUCCUCGCCGCACUAGCUGCAGCGAGAGAAGAGGCCAAGCGCAAGUCACAACCAUCCUCACCAACAGUGUCUGAGAGGAAGAGUUCCAAGUCUGAGAAGAAGCCUUCCAUCUCCCGAGUGAAGACGCAGGAUGAGACGUCAAAGCCGGAGUUGCUGCAGAAGAUCGAGUCUAGGAGGUCAUCUGUUCCUACACAACGACCUACUGAGGCUACGACCCGCGAAAUUGUCAAGGAAGAAGCUAGCUCGAGCACCACAGCUCCCACUGCGAUCUUCACUGAUGAUGGCAAACCCUCUUUCGCAUUCCCUCAGGCUUCCACGGCGCCUCAACAACUAUCUAUCGAGACUCCCAAGGAGGCUCCUGUCGUUGAAGAGAAGGCUACAAAGCAAUCUGAGGAUGCCACUCCAUCUACUGCCUUCUUCACUGACGACGGCAAGCCGUCUUUCACGUUCCCACCAGUAUCUACCAAGCCUGCAGUUGAGCCAACGACCGAGCCCGAAGAGGCACCUGUUGCCAAAGAGGAAAAGAGCCCUGCGUUUGUGUCCCCGCGUACCGCAUUCUUCACCGACAACGGCAAACCAUCGUUCACAUUCCCGAAGACGUCACCCGCCCCCGCGGUUGAGUCAAGCGUCGCAUCUAGAGAAGUUCCAGUCGCGAAUGAUACACCGGCUCCUGUUGACGUCUCGCCACGCAACGCUUUCUUCACGGAUGAUGGCAAGCCUUCGUUCUCGUUCCCUUCGAUGCCAUCCACGACUACCGAGCAAGCUCCUUCGGUCGCAAAGGAAGCAGAGGUUGUGGAAGAGCAAAAGCCCACAUUCGUUGCGCCCCGAAGCAGCUUCUUCACUGAUGAUGGAAGACCAUCGUUCGCAUUCCCAUCAGUACCAAAGCCUACUGAGCAAACUCCCUCCACUGUCGAUGAAAAGGCCCCUGCGAAGACACCUGAGCCAGCUGUGUUCGUUGCACCUCAGACCAGUUUCUUCACCGAUAAUGGCAAGCCUUCGUUCUCGUACCCAUCAGUGUCCGCACCUGCCGCGCCCUCGACAACGACCAGCAAAGACACCAUCGUUGAAGAGAAGCCUGCGGAGCAACUGUCUCUUGGCCGAAGUGGGUUGUUCACUGAUGCUGGGAAGCCCACCAGCACCAUCGCUGACUUCACCCCGACUGAGUCUAGCGGUUCUGCUUAUGACCGAAUCUCGGUGGAACCUAGCUCGUCAAAGAAGAAGAUUAUCAAGACCAAGAAGGAGAAGAAGGCGAAGAAGAGCAGCGUACCAAUUCCCGAUUUCGAUGAGCCUGCAGCAGACGCUGCCAAGUCUGCCGAUGCUCCAGUUGACACGGCGGCAAGGGACAUGGGCGACCAGGUGACCGCUGAGCCUGUUAGGCCUGACCCUGAAGCAGCCAAACCUGCUGAGACUCCUUUGGAAUCUGCGAUCGAAGCUUGGGGCGAACAGCUAGUAUCUGAGCCAACUCCUCUGACUGAAGAGCCGCCUAUCGUUGAUUCUGCCGAACGUACCGUCAUGCCCGAGCAACCAGUUACUACAGAGCCAAUCACCAUCGCCGAAGAUGGAGUCACGUCACCUGUCAGCAAGAAGAAGGCCAAAAAGAGCAAAAGGAGCAAGAAGGCUGAACUCGAAAGCACUGAGGUCGAGAACGCAGCCCCAACGACUCCGACCCAACCUGCUGCCGAACGUUCGCUGGAUGCUCCUGCAAGCGAAUCUGCACCUGUCACCGAGACUGCUGCCGAACCGGCAUCCGCAGAGGUCGUGCAAGAGAAGAUCGCGCCCUCUAACACGGAGGCUGCAGAGCUUGUAUCCGAGCUCGCACCGACAGUUGAAGAGCCUUCCCGUGAAGAACCCUCUCUGCCCCUCAAUGUGGCCACACCAGCAGAGCGUGAAGCACCAGCUGAGUCCGUGCCUUCUGCUCAAGAAGAUGCGCCAAAGACAAAGAAGAGCAAGAAGAGUAGGAAGAAGAGCGGUAUCUCCACGCCUCAGGAGAAGCCUAUGACUGCUACCGAACCAUCUUCUGUUACAGCUUCUGAGUCUAUCGCCGAUCAGCCGACUUCCGUUCCGGACGUUAUCCAACCUCCGAUUGUCGAGGCCGCCAACAUUCCUUUGCCUGUGGAGCAACCCGAUGAAGACCUCACACAGCCUCUCGAAGAGGCACUCCCCAGAGAUGCCCCUGCCGAGCAGGAGACAAUUCUCGAGCCCUCUUCUGCAUCUGUAGAAGCUGAGCUUCCUACUACACCGAAGACCAAAAAGGGCAAGAAGAGCAAGCGGAAGAGCGGCACUGUGACACCCCAGCCUGAUGCUGAAGUUGUACCUGAGCAGAGCGCGGCACCCUUCGAGACAUCUGCCCCGAUCAGCGAACCAGUUGCAACUCCAAGCGAAGUAGUUGAUCGAUCCCGCGACAUCGAGCUACCUUCAUCGGACAAGCAAGUUGCCACUGUAGAGACCUCACUACUCGAGCAGAAGCGUGACGACGGAGCGGAUGCCGCGACUGUCCCUCUCCCAACAGAGAGCUUCGAUGAAGAUCUCUCAACACCAUUGGAGCAGCCGAAGUCGGUGGACGAAGUCACCUCUUCUGUUGAACAGACAGUUGAGGACACGCCAUUGACACCUACUUCGAAGAAAGACAAGAAGAAGAAGGGGAAGAAGAGCAAGACUGUCGAGGCGCCUGUGGAGGAGGUUGUGGGUCAAGAGGAGGAGAGCAAGAGUAGAGAGAUUGGUCAAGGGGAGGGACUCUUCGGUGCGGAGACAUCAGUCAAGGAGAACGUCGAUGCGAAGGAUACGGCUACCGAGGAGACUGGAUCGGCCCUUCCCAGAGAACAGCUGCAGUCAGACGUUGCGGAGCGUGCGAACGAGAUCUCUGCGUCAGCCGAACCAACUCGACUUGAGCCCCUGUCUGAGGCUCCUAUCGUCCCGACAGAAGAUGCACCAAUCGCCGAGCCAAGCCAGCCUGCGGAUCUAGUGGUCGAUGAUGUUGCUGAAGCACCAUCUUCUUCUAAGAAAGACAAGAAAAAGAAGAAGAGCAAGAAGGCGAAGGCCGAUGACGAAGCACCGACCACCCCGACCACCGAAGUCCAGCGCGAAAUGGAGCCUACUCUACAGGCUCCUGAACCUCCACCGUUUACUGAAGCUCUGCUUGAACAGCAACAUCCCGAGCCUGUUCAAGAAGUAUCGGUCGAUGUUAUUCCGGAACCCAGCGCGGUUGUUGAAGACACUGCCGAGACCGCUGAGAGGCAGACUCCCAUGGACGUUCUAACUCCUGCACGAGAAGCCCCAGUCGAAGAGCCAACACGACCUGCCACGCCAUUGGAGGAAGAGCCUUCUACGCCAUCAAAGAAGUCCAAGAAGAAGAAGGCCAAGAAGGGUAAAUCCGUCGAGAUUGAACCCACUUCUUCAGACCUAGCCGAUGUGCAGACGGAGACCCAACCUUCUAUCGAACCCGCUGGACCUGAAUCUGAGUCAAUUGAGGAUGCCGCACUCGCUGGAUUCUCCAAGCCAAUCCAAGAGGCUCAGGCCGAGACUGAAGCAAUCGCAGCAGACCGAGCGAUCGAAGUCGCGCCUGAGGUUCCUGUAGAGUCAGUCGCCGGAGCAGAGGCGGUGCCUCUUCCCGAGACGCCGGCCCGCGAGAUCGAUGAGCCCAUCGCGGAGGUUUCUCAGUCCUCGGUGCCUGCCGAAGAUGUUCCAUCAAAGCCAUUGCAAGAGGCUUCAACCACCGAGGCAGAAGCAGUACCUCUUCCAGAGACGCCAGCUCGAGAGAUCGACGAGCCGAUCGUGGACGAUCUGCCGGCAACCCCAUCGAAGAAGAGCAAGAAGAAGAAGGCGAAGAAGGGCAAGUCGGCUGACACCGAGCCAAGCACGCCUGUCACUGAAGUAACUUCUUCCCAACCAGACCCGUUCGCGGAAUCUGCUCAACCUGAGGUGCCCACAGCUGAGACUACCCCAUCGAUGCCAGUUGAGACUUCCAAGUCGGAGCGCGAGACUCCAUCGGCUGAGCUUGUCGCUCUUCCCGAGACCGACGACAGGGACUUGAAAGAGCAGAGAAUACCUCAAGUUGAGGCCGCGAAGUCACAAGAAGAAGCAUCACCAGCUGAGCUCGUAGCUCUUCCUGAAACCGACGACAAAGACCUCGACGAGCCUGCAAUUCCCCAAGUCGAGGCUGCGGAGAACGUUCCUGCUGUGCCUGAAAUCGUUACCAACAUCUCUGAUAAGGUGGAUGCCACACAGCCAGAGCGCAGCCAAGACAUCGACGUUCCUGUGGCUCCCGCUGAGCCUGUCGCCGAUGCCGAACCAGCUGAGCCAAUCUCGAAGAAGAGCAAGAAGAAGAAGGGUAAGAAGGGCAAAUCCAUCGACACUACUGAGCCCAGCACACCGGUUACUGAGGAGCCAGCACCACAGUUCGACGUCCCUUCUGAGCCUGUUCAAGAUGAGAAACGUAUUGAGGAUACCGCGGCACCUUCGCAGGAAACGACUCGCACAGUCGUUGACACCGAUGAGCCUGCACUCGUCCAGGAGAGCGUUACGGACGUUCCAUCCGCGCAGCAGGAUACGUCCAUCGAGGAAGCUUCGAUUACGCCUACCCUUUCCAGCCAAGACAUCGAGAAUGAGGGCGCCGAGCCUGUCUCGAAGAAGAGUAAGAAGAAGGCAAAGAAGGAGGAAUCCAACCAAGUGGCUGAGGUUGAACAAACCCCAGCAACUCCUUUGCCUGAACUUUCUACAGUGGAUACUACUACCGAUGCCAACCUUGACGUAGCUGUACCCAAGGCUACUGAGCAACGUCAGACUGUGGAACCUUCAGAGAUCGAGUCCAACGUCAUCGAUGUCUCUUCCGAUAAGCCAAUCGACUCAGCUCCCAAUGUUGCUUCCAUGGUAACAUCUCUCGAGACUACGGAGCGUCCACUCGACGACGUACCAUCGACGGAGAGGACACUGCCCGAGACUUCACAAGUUCAAGACCAGGUUGAGGCCGAAGAUGCUCCCAGUACACCCAAGAAGAGCAAGAAGAAGAAGAAGGGCAGAAAGGGUGAGUUGGUUUCCGAACCUCAGACUCCCGUUACCGAGUCUGAGCCAGUCUUCUCGGAAACCACUGUCCAAGAAGCGCUUCCGUCUACCGCUGCGACCACUGAAGAAUCAGUUAGUCGGGAGGUAGCAUCCGAGCCUACUGCCAAUGUUCUGUCUACCCCUGUCGAGUCCUCUACUACUGAGCAAGACAUCCCCGCUCCUACAGAGCCAGCGCAGGUUGAGGAAGUGGUUCAGGCGAUCAAUCUUGAGCCAGCACGUAAUGAAUCUGUCCCAGAGCAAGCCACCGAGGAAGCGACACCACUCUCAAAGAAAGACAAGAAGAAGGCCAAGAAAUCCAAGAAGGCUGAAGUUGAGAGUGAGAUGCCCGAGAUAUCUUAUGCGCCAGUCGAGACUGUCUCGAGGACCGUUGGUGAGCCAACUCGCGAGGAACAAGUUCCGCCAAUUGUCCAAGAGACACCCAUCGACGAGCCCGUCGUUGAGACGCAGAUCGUUCCCGAGGCUACAUCCCCAAGAUCGAUGCCAGUGGUCACCGCAGGUCAAGACGAUGUACUUCCAAGCAUUCCCCUAGCUGAAGACGUCGCUGUCACCACUUCGACCGAUACCGCACCUGCAACUGGAGCGCAAGAUGAAGUCACAGUAGUCGAGAACGAGGAAGUUGCGCCUGCGACUGAACAGCAUGAGGAGGAGUCUACUUCCAAGAAGAGCAAGAAGAAGGCUAAGAAGGCUAAGCGUGCUUCCAUCGCCGAAGAGCCUACUGUUCCUUCUAUUCCUGAAGCGACAACCGAGGAGAAGGACACUAUCCAACCUGAGCAAGCAGCGACUGUACCUGAACCUGCUGCGGACCCGACACCUGUGCCUACGAUCGUUUCUGAUAUCGUCCCUGAGACCGCCACAGCCGAGGAACUUACUUCUGACACCAAGUCCGCGCCGGAAGUGUCUGUGGAGCGCGAAGCGACUGUCGAUACCACAGCCCCAUCCGUUGCCGGGGCGUCGGUUCAAGAGAAAGAGGAAGCAUCAGUUCCCAAGGAGGCAACAGUCGCAACAGUCGUGUCCAAGCCGACUGAGGAGACGCUGGCUGCCGAUGUACCCGUGCCCGAGGUCACUGAGGAAGUCGCCGCUCCACUCUCGAAGAAGGAUAAGAAGAAAGCAAAGAAGGCCAAGCGCGUCUCGAUCGCUGAGGAGCCCACUUCUAUCCCGUCAACUCCUAUCGAAGAGAAGACUGAGCCAGUCUUGGAAGAGCCUACAUCUUCAGCUACAGAGGCACCCGCUUCGGAAGUUCCCGUUGUGGAAGUGCCAAACAAUGUCUCUGAAGUUACUGAACACAGUUCAACUCAUCUUACGCCUUCCGAACAGCUCAUUGCUACACUCGAGCCCGCUUCUGAAGAACUCAGCCAAGUUGAGGCUGUGCCUGAGCUUACCAGCCCGGUCUCAAAGAAGGACAAGAAGAAGUCGAAGAAGGCAAAGCGCGAAUCGAUUGCUGAGGCGGAGACAGAGACUCAAGUAGAGACGCCAGCAGAACAGUCAUUAGAGCGCGCUCUUGAUGCUACUGACGUUGCUGCCCCGAUUCCUGAGCAGCAGCCUGCCGAAAUCACAUCAACGGAGCCUACUGCAACUCCCGUGAUUGUUGAGGAGCCACGCAAGAGCGAAGUGCCUUCUGCCGUUCCAGUUGAAGAAGAGCAAUUUCCUGCGACCACAGUUGUAGAAGAGCUCCCGUCUGAGAUAGUGACUUCCGAGCCAGUCUCUGCCACCAUUCCGACCGAGACUUCGGCAGAGGAGCCCGUAGCGACAUCCUCGACCAUCGAUGAACCAACCACACCUUCCAAGAAAGACAAGAAGAAGGCGAAGAAGAGCAAGAGUGUAUCAGCCGCGGAGGCUGAGCCAUCUCUGCCUUCCACUCCGGUUGAUGAGUCUGCUAGAGAGCUUACGGAAGCUGUCAAAGACGUUCUUGCUGUUGAACAAGAGCCUGCCGUACCAGCAGUUGAGCAGAUAGAGCAGUCGGACGUUGCUCCUAACGUUUCCGAGGUUACAACAGCCCCCACUUCUGUUGUUGAUCAGACCGUCACGGAACCUACGGAAGAAGAGGAGGCGUCGUCGAAAUCGAAGAAAGACAAGAAGAAGGCCAAGCAAGCCGCCAAGAACGCUGAGGCUGAGGUUUCUGACCCUAUUCUCUCCGCCGAGCCUUUGACCGAAGCAGCUGAAACUACUUUAAUCGAGCAGCCUUCCUCGGUGGUGCCUGACACGACAACCACGACUAUCGACGAGGCUCCGCGCACGGAUGUUGACGAUUCGAUAGCCCCUGCUAUAGUCGCCACUGAGGACAACGAAGGCAAGGAGCCAGCUACCAGCCGCGAUGUGAACGACUCUACCAAGAACGAACAGCUCAGCAUUGCGCCUACAGCUGACAACGCGGUCGAGACUACCACAUCAGACGCACAGACUAUUCCCAGCACCACUGCCACCUCUACAGAUGUCCAGCCGGAUGACGAGCAAGAAUCAGAGGAAUGGGCUGGGCUAUCGAAGUCGCAAAAGAAGAAGCUGAAGAAAGCCAAACGCGCGUCCGUUGCUGAGGUAGAACCAUCCCGGCCAGCCAUACCUGCAGAGGAUUUGUCAAAGGUUCUCUCUGCCGAGCCUCAGUCAUCUGUUCCCGAAGUGGUUAAGGAGACCACUACUGAGCAAUUACCCCAAGCGGAUGAACCCCGUACCCUGCCAGUCGCGGACUCUAUCAGCGAGGCGAACCAGGCUGAAGCAUACUUCGAGCAGCCCACCGCAACUUCGGAGCCAACAACCACCUCAACCCCAGCUGAAGACCCUGCACCAACCACCGCUGCACCAGACCCGUCACCAGGCGAUCCCAAGCCGCCAGACAGAGAGCUCGAAGCGCCUUCGUCCCCUUCCUCCUCCAAGAAGGACAAGAAGAAGGCCAAGAAGCAAGCUAAAAAGGCAACACCUGCGGAGCCUUUUUUAGCAGAUGAGACGCCUGAGGCAGCCAACUCUGAUACUCAGCCGUCUCUGUCGAUUCCUACACUUUCGGAGACCCAACUACCUUUCUCGGGGAUACCGACACAAUAUCCCCAAUCUUUUACGAAUAACGAGCUUGUUGAUGAUUUUGAUGAUAAGAAGGAGGUGGAGAUUGAUGAUGCGAGGGAGGAGAGGGCACGUGAGGAGGAGAAGAAGGAUGAGGAAAAGGGGGAUGUUGAGAAGGAGAUAGUCAAGAGGGGAGUUGAGGAAGAGCAGGAGAAGAAGGUUGAGGAGGUGGUUGCCGAGUUAGAAGAGCGUGGAGAGCCUUCGGUCGUUAUCGAAGAGUUGCCAGAGCAAGCUGCCACCGAGGUCGUGGAAGACUUUGUGUCUGAGACAAUCAUUCCAGUCGAUACUGGCGUCACUCAGCCAUCGUCGGCUCCAGGUGUCGGCUCAGCACCCGCACCGGAAGACCUGAUCCCAGUGGAGACGACCCCGGAACCCACACCUACCCCAAUAAUCGUUGACGAAGAUCAAACGACUGCUCUGCAGCAAGAAGACGAGACCAAGGAAGUUGUGCAGGAAGCUUCUCAGACGCCAGCAACACAACUAUCCCGCUCAUUCGGCGAAGCUGAUGAGGACUUGGCCACCCCUUCUAAGAAGAAAAAGAAGAACAAGAAGGGCAAGCGCGCGUCCACAAUAGAGGAACAAGAGCCAGCCAUCAGCGUUUCUGAGUCUGAGCGCGACACCGCGGACAAGCCAAGUGAAGGUAUCACGGUUGCAGAACCCAAUGAACCAGUGGCUUUUGCAGUUGAUGAUGUUAAGCUCCUAGAUGAUGUUGUAAUCGUUCGAGAUAUUGAGGUCGCGCGUCCUUCCGAGCCUCAAGCGGAUACAACGCCUGUCGUCGAAGAAGCCGCCCUGUCCAAGGACGAACACGCUACGUCUGAUGUCCAGGAGCCUGUACCUGUUCCGAUCGCGACAGAGGAGCGCGAGGAUACGAUCGUGCAGCCUGAGACCGCCACGUCUUUGCCUGAAGUCGGUGAAGAAACAACCAUCCCGGAGUCUGUCUCCCAAAAUGUUGAACGUAUCGUUGAAAACAUCGAAGAGCCCGCCAUUGUCGUUCCGGAAGUGGAGCAGGUUCCAACACCGACAAUCGAGGAGCCUACCUCUUCAAAGAAAAGCAAGAAGAAGAGUAAGAAGGCCAAGCAGGCGUCGUCUAUCGAGACUGUUUCUGAAGUCCACUCUUCCCAGCCAGAGGAGUUGCCAACCGUUCAUGUUGAGCCAACCCCACUGGCGUCUGAACCAGCCAACGAAUCAGAAGUGUCACGCGAGGUCACGGUUCCUGAACAGAUCGAGGAUGCUCAACCAGCAAUUCCGACAACAGACGACAAGACUACCGGCCCAGAAGAGCCGACCUCGAAGCCUGUCGAAGAGACGCAGCAACCUUCGCUACCAAGCAUCGAACGUGACGCGCCCGCUGAGGUUCCAGAAAUUGUAUCUGAACCUCCAACGACAACACAGCUUGAGCCAACAACUUCUGCUGCCGUUCAACCGCCCACGGAGGAGCUUCCCGUACCUUCGCUCUCGAAGAAAGACAAGAAGAAGAGCAAGAAGGCCAAGAAACAAUCUCAAGCGGAAGAAGUAGUGGAGGAAACCACUCCUGAUGUACCUCGAGAUGUUACUACGGAGGCCGCGCCUACUUCGAUCAUUGAAGAAGUUGCCGAGGCGGCCGUCGAGCCAAUUGCUGAGCCGGUUGUGGAAUCGGAGGCCGAGCGAGCCAUUGAACCAGUCACUGAGACAACGCCGGUCAUUCAGUCCACACCAGUUGAAGAUGCAUCCGCACCAAAGCCUGAGGACAUGCCAUUCGUUCCAGAGACUACCGUCAACGAGCCGACAACUUCUGACGAUGCACCAGUGCCUGUCACCGAAGACACCCGCGGAUCCUCAGAGCUUGCGGAAUCAAAGCUUGAACAAGAAGUGAUCUUCAAGCCUGUAGAAGACGCCGCUCAGGUACCGCUGCCUGAAGAUCGCAUCAUCAGCCCACCAGCCGAGACAGUCGGGGAGGAGUUCGUUGGCCCAAUCCAGCCUGAGACUACAUCAGGCGCCCAAGACGAGCAACUUCCGACCCCAAUCGUGGAGCCAGAGGCUUCACUCGAAAUCGUGGAUGCCGCACCGUUGUCUAAGAAGGACAGGAAGAAGGCCAAGAAGGCGAAAUCGAAGGCUUCCGACGCUGCCACGCCUGUCAAUGAAGUCGCAGUACAGCCAGAGGUCGCAAUUGUCCAAGAUGUUGGCGCUAGCAGCAAUGAGCCAGCACCUCGAGAUGUGCCACUUUCUUUGCCUCAGGAAGAUGCUGUGGUUGAGACAGUUGCCCCUAGGACUGACCAAGAACCUUUACUGGACGACCGCGCACUUUCCAUGCCCCCAACGGAGGAGACCAAGGAAGAAACCGAGAAGUCCGAUCUUACACCGCCUCUGGUGGACGCUAUUUCAACGCCCUUGCCUGAUACUGCUCAAGAGCCUAUCAUUGAACGACCGAUCGAAGAGGUAUCAGCCAUCGAUGCGCCAGUCACUGCGGCGCAAGAGACUCCUGUUACACAGGAAAUCGCAACCGAGAAUCAAAUCGAGGAGACAGUCAGCCAAAAUGUGCCAGACACCACUGUCACUCCAGCGAUCGUUAAAGAGCGAUCUCCCGAUGUACCAACGGCGGACGUUGAGCCUCAAGUCGAGGAGCCAGCAUCCCCAUCGGUCUCCAAAAAGAAGAGUAGGAAGAAGAGCAAGAAGUCAGAUGUCGUAACGCCAGCUCCCGAAGCCUUGCCUGCAACAGACUCCGACAACAUCGCUGUGAACACCAAAGAUGUCGCGUUCUCCCAGCUCGAAGUACAAGACCCUGUCGCACCGGUCAUAGACGAGCAGCCGCAGGUUGAGGAGGCCACGAUCCAGCCAGAGAUUCCUGUACUGCCAGAGACCGUCAGUGAAGCACCCGCCACCGAGGCUGCACCUACAGUCAACGAACCAGUCUCGAUACCAGAGACGACCGUGGUCGAGGAAGUCGAGAAUGAGACCGCUGCGCAGGAACCCGUUCUUGAGCGUAAGCUGAGCAAGAAGGAGAGGAAGAAGGCCCAGCAGCAGGCUGCCGCUCUGGUCGAGGAACCCAUUGUUGAGAAGGAGCCCGUCAUGGAGCCAGCCACGGAGCCAGCCACGGAACCCACUGUCGAGCCUGUUGUCGAGUCCACCGUCGAGCCUAUCGUCGAGCCUACCGUCAGGCCAGCGACGGUAGAACCAGCGCCUGCAGUCGAUACCACUACGGUUGAGCGUGUUCAAGAGACUGACCCAGUGGUACAUGAGUCUGUUGUUGAGUCUUCAUCUUGGUGCGAGGCACCAGAAUCGGCGAUCGAGGCUUUGCCUCAAGAAGCAACAGUGGAGGACACAAUUGUCUCCACUCCAAAGAAGAGCAAGAAGGCGAAGAAGGACAAGAAGAGCAAGACGCAAUCUGCUGUCUCUGAUCUCCCCGAGGAGCCUGUCAAAGAAAUAUCGAUUCUUCCUGAGCAAGUACAAGCAACGGAAACGUUCGAGACUGAGCCCGCCGCCACCAAACGACUACAGCCUAUCAACCUACAGGAUCAGGACACAACGAUCCCAGAGACUGAGCCAAUGACUUCGACGACCGCUCAGAUCGAGGAGACGACAACGGAGUCUGUGAAGACGGAAGAGCCUGUUGUCCAUGCCAACAUUACUCCCGAAGUGAUCGAACAGCCUCAACAGCCGGCUUUCUCACAAGGUAUGGACGUCGACAAGCUACCAGGAGAUGUCCCAGCAGGCACCACUGACGUCCAGGAUCGUUCUGUCCCCGAAGCUGAUGUGGCCUUUCCCGCUGUCGCACCACCGGUCUUUGAAGAGUUCCAGCAACAGCCCACUCGAGAGCUGAUGCCAGACGCCUCAGUCGAAGCGUCAGCGGAGUCAACUACCGUAGUCGAGGAGGCCAAGAGCGUCCCAGAAGCACAAUCCGAGAGCAUUGAAGCCCAGCCAUUCAUCCUUGAACCGACCAUUCCGGAGGUACCUGUUGCAUCAUCUCCAAUCGCUAGAGAGCUGCCAUCGGAGGAGCCAUCGGAGCCUACAACGGGAACAACUGACUUGCGCGACGAGCAAACACUGUUUGAGCCUGUGGAAGAAAGUUCCCGUUCCCGCUCAAUGUCGAAGAAGGCGAAGAAGGCCAAAAAGGACCGGAAGUCUCUUGCUGACAGCGAGCUUUCUGGACCCGCUACGACUGCCAGUGAAGCCCCUUCAGAAAUUGUCACCGAGACACCCAUUGAGCAAGUCAUCCCUCAGCCAACUACCACCGAGACCACGAAGGAGUUGGUACAAUCUCCCACGCCAGCAGAAGAGAGUGCGCCGGUAAUCCCAAUAGUCGAGGAGACCCCAGUACCUGCCGUCGCCGAAGCUACUCCAGAAGACGACUACCGGAGCCUUGAGGAGCAGCAGCCUAUCGAGCCUAUCGAGUCCACCACGACGCACGAAGAAGCUCGUCAAGUCACGCAUGACGACUCUGUUCUAGCAAACGAGCCCUCCCCCUCUCUCAGGGCGAUCCAAGAUGAAGCUGCCGAUCUGCGACUCCGUGCAGAAGCACUCGAUGCUGAGCUCGCCACACAAAACGACGCUGAUGAGCCCUCCAUCAUCGAGCCCGCUUCCAUGUUCGAUAUCGUCAAAAUGCUCACGAAGAAGGACAAGAAAAAGGCGAGAAAGAGCAAAGGCGACACUGACGCUAUGCCGACGACUCCUGCGGCCGAACCUGAGGCUGCGGUUGAGACGAAGGAAGUCGUCGUGACGCCCGCAUUCGUGUCUGCGCCGAUCUUGGCAGAAGAGCAAGUUGUCGACAAGGGAGAAGUUGUCGAAACACCCUCGCUGACAGAAGAUACCAUUUCGACCGAUGGGCCUUCUCGCAAACUGAGCAAGAAGGAGAAGAAAAAGAAGGGCAAGCAGCCUGCAGUCGAUCCAGUCGAAUCUUCCGAGACAGCAUCGCCGUCGAGCGCGCCGAUCGUUGAGUACCCAGAGCCAAUCGCCGAGCAGCCAACAGGGUCACCAUCAGUCGUCACUGAGCCUUCAGCAGACACUGUCGCGCCAGAGAAAACUCACCAGGCUUCCCGUUCCAUCGAUACUGAGCGAGUAGUACUUGAUGAGCCAGCUGCAGCCGACAUCCCGGCCCCAUCUACCGUUACCCAAGAUCUUCAAGAAACACUUGUGGAAGAGGAACUACUGCUGUCAAGGAAGUUCAGCAAGAAAGAAAAGAAAAGGGCUAAGCAAGCUGCCGCGCUAGAGGAUGCAACAUCUUCUCUAUCUGAGGAUGUUCCGUUCUCUACUUCGACUGAGUCUCGGGAAGUAGCUUUGCCUGACUAUGAGGUAGCUACGUCAGUGCCAGCACCUCCCAGUGAGGGUUUCCCUGCGACGAGUGUCGAGGCUUCCAAAGAGGCAGCUGUUAAGGAAGUUCCGGCUAUGACGCCGAGCCAACGUGAGGUGGAGACACAGAUCGAUACCUCAAUCGUUACACCAGCAGAGGCAACCACGGACAGUCUACCACCACCAGUCGUCGAGCAACAAGAGCCAAUUCUUGAGGAGCCAUCCAUUCCAUCUCCUAAGCUCAGCAAGAAGGGCAAAAAGAGAGCCAAGCAGGAUACACUCCCCGCGCAGGAACCCGAGGCGCCCGUUACGGUAGACGCACCGUUGCCCGAGACCAGUGAGCCCAUCGUUACGGAGAUACCGCACACAACCCAAGAGGUGUCCAGGGACACUUUCUCUCAUAGACCAGCGACCGUUGAACUUCCAAUCGCGACCGACUUCAUGGAAGAAGCACUUCGGUCAGAGGCAUCUACUGUGCCACGAUUUGACCCAGAGCCAGAGGUUAAAGUCACCGAAGUCCAGCCCCAUCCGACUCCCAUCGAUCUUGCCAUCAAGACUUCCAUUACGGAAAGCACCGAGCAGCUUCGCGAAUUCCCUGCUGUGCGUGAAUCAGAACCAGAGUCUGCGAUUGCCCCGACUCUCGUACGCAAAGAGAGUAAGAAAGACAAGAAGGGAAAGAAGCAAGACGUGCUUGCUGAACAGCCUCUCACAUCGAGAAUCGACGAUGUAGUGGUCUCUGAAGACGUCCGAACCGAAGAGCGUUCUCUUGACUCGUCAAAGCCUAUGGACCAGCAAGUCACAGCCCCUAUGGACAUCCCAAAUAAGCCUACACAAGACACGACAAUCGCGCCAGUCCUGGAGAAGCAGCCCCAAGAGAUCAUCCCACCAAGGACCUUUUCAGAAGAGCGUGUAAACGCUGACGCUCCAGCGACCGAAGCCAUCCCCGAGGCCGAGACGACUCCCACGAAGAGUAAGAAGCAAAAGCGCAAGUCGAAGUCUCCGAAGACUUCAAGAGAGCCCGCUAGCGUUGCGCCCAUCGUCCCGGUCGAGGAGACCGCCCCUGAACCGACUGUUGCGCGUCAGAUUGUGUACGACAACCGCCAGGAUACGAUCCGAGAACGCAGCCUUUCUCCCAGGAAAAGGCCUACAACACCGUCAACGCCCGGGUCGCCAGUAAUUGGAGCAAUUCUCAGCCAGCCAAAGAGGGAACACGUCAGGUCCAUGUCUAACGUCUCUAUCCCUGAUCUCCACGUCAGAGCCAGUGAAUCCGAUAGCACUACUCAGCACCCUUUGUUGCACAAGAAGUCAUCCAAGAAACACAAAUUGGCAGCUUUGUUUGAGCGCGGCAAAUCGCCUGAUGGUCCUCCUGCGGAACGAGGUCUGCGAAAAGAAGGAUCUGGCAGUGUCAGAAACCUCGCCGAACAAUACGAGAGUCAAUCACGAUCUGUCACGCCCAUUCUACCUCCGUCUCCCGAGAAGCGUUACCUGUCUCGAUCUCCAUCGCCUAAGAAGCGUCAACUCCAUUCUCGAGUUGCAUCUCGUAGUCAACUUGGCUUAGUGUCACCAGUGCGAUCAGAUUCGAAGUCUCCCGCGAGAGACAUAGACUUUGCGGCCACUGUCGCCGCCAGUUUGCAGGAGUCUGGUUUUGAUCCAGGAUACGUCAUCAACGACAAGUCUUUCCAUCGCUCGAACUCCAUCUCAGGAGCUCGCGAUAUCACGCCCGAUGAUGAUGUUGCCGCUGCAAAGGAAAGGGCCGGUAGAUCUCGACUGGGUAGCUUAAGCCGCUCUUCGUCGGUCUCCGGCUCGCCAAAACUACGACCAUCCCAGCCCAGCGGACCCGAUGUUCUGCCACCCAUCGAAGUAGCAAUGGCAACGACUGACACUGCAUCGUUCGACCCACUGGAUGUGCUCAACGACCCCGCUUUUGCAACGCGAAAGUCGCCUCCUGGUGUUCUUGAAGAAGCUGACCCUGAUGAGCUGGCCGGGUCGUCAAGUCUGAGAAGGAACAAGAGCAAGAAGAAGCGUCAUCCGAUACCAGAAACUCCAGUGGAAUCUGAACACACUCGCGAAGAAGCAGACACUUCAGUUGCGCCGAUUGUUCGAGGCAAGAAGUCAAAGAAAGACGAAGAAGGAGCUCCACGUUUGCAAGACCGUGUUGAGUAUGCAGCUGCAGAGACUCCGGCGAUCGAGGCUCAUCGAGAUGUGCCUCUCGCUGUUGAGACUCCAGCUGACUCCACAGUCCGCGGAAUUGAGCCUGCUCAGUCUAUGCCUCGCGCGCCAACCUCCACUGAUGUCCUUCCGGAGGUGCCAACGCAAACAACAGGUUUAGAAGCUAAAUCUAUCGACGUUAAAGAGGAAGAUUCAAACAGACAAGACACGAUAACGAGGAAGGAGAAGGCCAGGAAGUCAGCGAAGGACGCCAAAUCUGCAGCCAUUGAGGAUGUGCCCGUACUGCCCGUGACAUUCGAUCAGGAAGCCCGUUCAAUGACCGCUGGAGAGCCGAAGGAAUAUCCAUUUCCACAGGUGACGCAAGAGAAGGAGAUCGAGAGGAAGAAGGAGGAGACGCGCAGGCGAGAGUUGGAGAAAGAGAGGGAUAUGGAUGCAUGGGCUCCAUCGCCAAAAAAGAAGAGCAAAAAGAGCAGGAAGACUGAAGAGAGGGUUGAGGGAGAGUCGAGCACCGCGUCGAGGGACGCACCACUAGCCGAGACACCAGCUGCCGUUCCUGAAGUUCACAAGCGCAGGACACAUCCUGUAUCCUUUGACGAUGAGCAGCCGGACGAGAAGCGCCUACAUACAUUGGAGUCCACUCAAGAGCCUCAGUUCACCACUGAGAGAACAGCAUCACCAGCGCAUGUUGUCGCAUCAGAACGCUCGCACUCCGACAAGCGCUCCAAAGAAGCCAAAUCAUCAACGCAUGGUGCAGCACCAGCCAACGAGCCAUCAUGGUCAUUCGCCGAAGUUCGAGACGACAGCCGUCAGGAGCCCGCCACUGCACCGUCAGCACAGCCAGUCGAGAAGGCAACACGUACGCUGAGGCGGUCGAAGGAACCGAAGACUCCUCUGAGUGCAUCAAAACGCUCAACUGCAACUGACAAAGAUGCCGAAGACAGCCCUGCUUUGCCAACACACCCAGUGAUUUCCGGCGCGACAACCCCAGGCACCGACUUUGCAACGAAGGAGCGAACCUCGUAUCUUUUCGAUUCCUCGCCAUCAACACGCGCCUAUGGCACUUCACCGGCAGUUGGGCCGCAAACACCCGCUCAUGAUACUCAGAGAGUUGAUGAUACUCCGUCAAAAGACAAAGGCAAGAAACCACGCACGGAGUCGCAGCACGGUCGAACAUCGCCUACGAAGGAGAUUGCGCAGAAGGAGUCGUACAAAUCCUUGUUUGGAGAUCCAAAUGAGAAGAAGGGUGAGACCCUUUCCACGCCUGUCGCGAAGUCCGAACGCACGCCAGGCACCAAGCAACUCGAGUCCAUUGAAGAAGUCAGCCCGGAUGACACCAAGCACAAGAAGUCACGAUCCAUCGCUGACGUCGGCGCGCCAGAGCGAGGACUCAAGUCAGCUCGUCGCACCGAGAGUCUUAGGCAACUUUCUGAUCGCCUGAGAUCACCUCCGCCCAGCACGCCAACACCGACUGGUCGUCGAAGUGUGGCAUCCACGGCAGACAACUCAGGUGGAAGAGAUUCACCAUGGUCACAGGUCAAUGACGGCGUUGACCGAACCAUGACCCUCAGCCCCGCACGCCGCAUGCCUCGCUCAUCUCCGAGCGCAGACCCGUUGAAGCAGUACAUUGCUGAGCAGCGGUCGCCCAGUGUCCAAAGUCAGCGUUCUUUAAGCAACAUCGCGAGGCUCAGGUCUCCGGAUCAGGAACGUCCUAUGAGCUCUAUGAGCAACAUCAGUACGCGUUCGGAUCGGUCGUUGAGAAGAGUGGACCGGCAAACGUCAGGUGACCUCAGAUCAGCCUCGAGGCUUGGCGAGGCCAGUGCGCAAGACGCUAGGAGCGCGCAACCCAAUCUCUCCAGCACGGCGCUCGCGGCUGGAGCAGCAGCCAUCGCAGGUAUCGCCGCCCCACCGGUUUACGACCCAGUCCGGGGUACAGGUAGAGGUCGUCGUGCCAGUAUGGCCGAAACCUUUGUAAGUAGUUCGCAGUUGUUGCGCACGUCGCUUCUGAUUACUGACUGUGUUUUGCAGGAAGCAUGGGGUGAAGCCCAAAGGUCGCCUAGCUCGCCCUCACGUCCACCAAGCGUGCGCAAACGUCAAAGCAUGCAAAUUAUGGACCUCCAGACGCAACUUGACCAGCUAGCUGCGCAAAACUCAGCUGUCGAGACCGCCAAAGCCAAGGCUGAGGAGGCCUUACAAGCUGCACAACAUCAGCGCCAAGUUGACGAGCAACUGGUACUCGAGGAAGUAGAAGCACGUGACCGUCAGAUUCACCAAAGAGAUAUCGACAUUGCGCAACUUAAGGAUACGCUUCAGCGACUACAAGAAGAAAUUGCGCGCCUGAAUCAACUCAACAACGCACUAACAGACGCCAAUCGCAACCUGACCAACGAUGCCAAUGAACGAUAUGGUCAACUCCAGUCCGAGGGACAAAUGGUGCACGAGCAAUGGCAGGCAUCGCAACGAGAGCUAGAGAGCCUUCGCAGUCAAUACGCUCAACUUCAGGCUGAAGGCCAGGCCAUGCAACAGCAAUGGCAAACAUCACAACGAGACUUGGAGGAACUUCGCCGCCAGCAUACCCAGAUGCAGCGAGGUCUCGCAGAUGCCGUUCGCGAUGAAGUUGGCGAAGCACUCGAUGAGCGCAAUGCCGAAAUCGACCGUCUCACCGCAGAGCUUGCGACUGCACGCGAACAGAUCAAGAACCUUCAAAAGCAGAUCUUGGCUUCGAAGAAGCCUAGUGAGAGCUUCCUCACUGUUCGCGACGAGGACUACUUUGACAGCGCCUGUCAGCAACUGUGUCAACAUGUCCAGCAGUGGGUGCUGCGCUUCUCCAAGUUCUCUGACACUCGCGCAUGCCGCCUUUCAUCAGAGGUCGCAGCUGAUACACGACUGGAUGCAUCAACGCGUCAGAAAAUCGACACUCGCCUUGACAAUGCCAUUCUCGAUGGCUCAGAUGUCGAUUCACUCUUAGCGGACCGUGUUAAGCGCCGAGACGUCUUCAUGUCCGUGGUUAUGACCAUGAUCUGGGAGUACGUCUUCACCAGGUACCUAUUCGGUAUGGACCGAGAACAGCGCCAGAAACUUAAGGCGCUGGAGAAGACACUUUCAGAAGUCGGCCCACCACGCGCUGUGGCACAAUGGCGAGCUAUCACACUUACUCUUCUUGCGAGAAGAGAGCCUUUCAUGCAGCAGCGCGCUCAGGACACUGAAGCUGUCGUGCACGAGAUCUACAGCACACUCUCGACACUUCUUCCGCCACCAUCGCAUCUGCAGCGCCAGAUCCAGGAGUCGUUGCGCAACGUGAUGCGCUUGGCAGUGGAGCUAUCAAUUGAGAUGCGCACGCAACGCGCGGAAUACAUCAUGCUGCCGCCGCUACAACCCGAGUACGAUACCAAGGGCGACCUCGUGGCCAAGGUUACUUUCAACGCCUCUCUCAUGAACGAACGGUCAGGCGAGACGACGUCAAAUGACGAACUCCAAGCCCGUGGGUCAGUAGUCAAGAUUGUACUGUUCCCCCUAGUCGUCAAGAAGGGCGAUGACUUCGGCGAAGGCGAGGACGAGAUUGUCGUCUGCCCAGCCCAGGUCUUGGUCGCCGGAACCAAGAGCAGGAAGGUAGUGAGGGUCAUGAGUGGAGCGAUGUCGAUCAAUCGUCCCGACUCACGAGCAAGCCGUAUCAGUCGGGUAACGAGCGUCGCCCCCCCUGAGAGCACGAUCAUGGACUACGAGCAACCUGGCAGCAACAUGAUCUAG